AUGAAGAGACACUCAUCAUCAUUGUCAUCAUCAUCACCUGAUGCAAAAAUCAGAAAGCUACAACAUCCUUUCAUUGAUGGUGAUUGUAUCAGCGAACUCCCAGACGAUCUAUUACGAAUGAUCCUUUCAAAAUUGUCCACUGAAGAAGCUGUGAUGACAAUUCUUUUAUCACCACUAUGGAUGGAUUUGUGGAAAUGGAGACCUCAUUUCGUCUUGGAUAUGAAAAGGAUCUUGGAUAAAACUCCCACCAGACUUUGGGACAAAGUUUCCGCUCAGUUGGCUAGUUCAAUGGACAAGACGUUCAGAAAACACCGCGGCAACCUGGAGAGCUGCACUAUCACAUCGCGAUGUAAUGAUGUUACACUUCAAAAUUGGAUCCGACGUGCGACUCGUGUGAAACACACUAAAGAUCUCACGCUAAACUAUAUACAUGGUCAUAAGAGACGUUACAGAGGAACACAUACGGUCGACAUGCUCCCAGAAAUAUUUUCGCAUCCUAGCCUCACUUCACUGUCACUUAGUGGAUACACUCUACUAAGAAGACGUGCCUUCAUUAACUGUGGGAAUCUUAAGACCCUCAAGCUUUUGAACAUGUUCCUCUUUCGGGUUAGUCCCCUUAGGCGCGUUUUGGCAGCUUGCUCCUCCCUCGAGGUGAUUGUGUUGGAAAUCGUUUUCUUAAGCGGGCUUGGUGUGUUGAAGAUUGGGAACAAAAAUUUGAAGUUCUUGCAAGUGACUUUCCCUGACUAUGUUGAGAGGAUUGAAGUGAACGCACCCUGUCUAGAUGUUCUAGACAUCAGGGAUAUCAAAUGUGAGAGCAAGAAUAACUUCAUCCUCACUGCUCCUAACAUCCAGUUUGACAGAAACUAUUGGGUUUCUAGGUGUGUUUAUCGUCCUCACAUUAGCUAUAAUGUAUCAGAACUUGUUCAGGAGACAAAACACAUUUGGUAUGAGCUCCUGGUGAGUGACUUUCAUGGUAUGCCAAGGCAUGGAACUUUAUCGGUGAGUGUAGACAUAACUAAUCCUAAAGAAGUGAAGAUAUUGAAGGAACUUUUGCUUAUGUGGACUACUUACAAAAUGAUAGAGCUUGAGAUUUUGUUCAAGACCAACAAUGCUUCUAGAGAAGAAGAAGGUGAAUGUUUUAGUGACGGCAUAGCACACGGGAAGUUGUGGGAGAAUGCAACACCGUUCCCUAACGCAGAUUUUCGCGUUUAUAAAGUGUGGAUGUAUAACUUCGAUGGUUCGAGUAAAGAGGAGUUUGCGUUUGCCUCACGUUUUGUGAUGCAAAAGACUGUGAUGAUGAAGAUGAUGAUCGAGACCUCAUCGUAUCCACCGAUGAAGAAGUUAGAGGUAGAAGCAGCUGUGGCAAAGCUAAUGGAACUUCCUAAAGGUAAUGAAGAGCUUAGUAUUGAAUGCUUCUGA